AUGCCUCUUAGCAAGCCGCCAGCCAUUCUUGCACCAUCCAUACUUCUUCAAGGUCCAAAGAGGCGCUAGCUAGCAGCAGCAAUGGGCGACAACUCGGCGUUCCCGGGCUUCCACAGCCAGUACAGCCACGACCGCGACUACGCGCGCCCGCUCUUCCGCGUCGCCUCCUUCUCCUCCGAGAGAGGCGGCGACGAGCACCAGCACAUGGCCCGCACGGCGUCCUUCAAGGUGACCGCGGCGCCGUCGCGCCUCUCACAGGCGAUGAGCAAGCUGAGCAUGAAGAAGCUGCAGCAGGCCGUCGACGAGAGGUCCGUGGAAGACGAAGAAAUGGAGCUGAUGAAGGAGAAGUACACCAAGCUGCUUCUCGGGGAGGACAUGUCCGGCGGCGGCAAGGGCGUCUGCACCGCCGUCGCCAUCUCCAACGCCAUCACCAACCUAUAUGCAACUGUGUUUGGGACCUGCCACAGGUUGCAGUCACUGCCCCCUGAGAAGAGAUCAAUGUGGAACCGGGAGAUGGACUGCCUCCUCUCCAUCUGCGAGUACAUCGUCGAGUUCGCACCAACGGUCCAGGCCAGGCCCGACGGAAGCACCCACGAUGUGAUGGCAACCUCGCCGCGAUCAGACAUUCUGAUGAACCUCCCCGCACUGGAGAAGCUAGAAACCAUGCUCCUUGGCAUAUUGGACAGCUUUGACAAGGCGGAGUUCUGGUACGCGGACCAGAGGAAGCAGUCCUUCAGCGAAACCAAGAAGCCGUCGUUCAAGCGCAACGAGGACAAGUGGUGGUUGCCCGAGCCAUGCGUGCCGGAAUCAGGCCUCUCCGACUCUCUGCACCGCGAGCUGCAGCACAAGCGGGACCAGGCUAGCCAGAUCCACAAGAUGGCCAUGGAGAUCAACAACGCCAUCCUCUCCGAAAUGCAAAUCCCGUCCUCAUACAUUGAAACGCUUCCCAAGACCGGGAAAGUCGGGACAGGCGACGCCAUAUACCGGUACAUGUCCUCGGGGGAUCAGUUUUCACCGGAUCACCUCCUCGACUUCCUCAACUUGAGCUCCGAGCACGAGGCGCUCGAGGUCGCCGACCGUGUCGAGGCUGCUAUGUACGUGUGGAGAAGGAAAGCUAGCAUGACCCACGUGGUGACCAAAUGGGAGAAUGUCACCGAGCUGAAUGCCGAUGGGGACAAGAACUUGAUCCUGGCAAGCAGGGCCAGGAGCCUGCUGCUGUGCUUGAAACAAAGGUUUCCAGGCCUCUCACAGACUACCCUCGACACAAGCAAGAUUCACUACAAUAAGUAAUGAUUCAUGUAUAAGAUUAUUAUAGGAGAUCAAGUGGUUAAAUAAAAUGAAUAUACAGACUACUCCAUGUUAUCAUUUGCUACUGUUUUAUCAGAAACCGUUUUAGCAACUGCAUCUCUUCAGGAUACCAGAAAUGAUCUUUUUUACAAAAAAGAACAGAGACGUUAUACAAAUCAUAUAUAGCAAACCCUUUUGA